AAAUAUUCGCCUGCGCCCAGUAACAGUUGCCAUGUUGCGAUACAGUCAGGGCGUGCGAUAAGACCAGUAGUGCAAGUUGUGAAAAAAAAAGCGAUCAGGGAAGAUCCGGAGGCCCGUCGUGUGUUCGUUUUCAUUGGAUCCGUCGUGAAUUACGAUCGUGUGCGUUGCUAUCGUCGCAUCGCAUCGGAGUGUGUUGUUGUUGGCUACGAACAAACAAACAAACGAACGUGGUGACCGCCGUCGCGGAUCCGAGUGUUGGUUGGGUGCAGAGUCAGGCAGUGGAUCGCUGGAUGCACGUGGGUUACAUCGAGAAGGACUGGACAACUCCACCGCUUGUUACAGGCGUCGUGGAUGCGGUUAUAGCGCAUAGGUGGUGGUUCGUAGACGACAGGACCGAGGGAUCCGCGCUACACAGCGGCCCAGAGGGAGUGAGCGAGCCCUGCUUGCAUGUGGGUGCGAGAGAGAGAGAGCGUGUUGCUGCGGCCAGUCGUUUCAGCGAGAAGAGUGCAGCGGCGAAGGAAGAAAGAAGGCGCGCAGACAGGUGAUCCCGAAUUCGCGUCCUUCAACACAUUCUCCUAGUAUCCUGGUCCUCCAGGAAGUGGUGACCAAAGCUGCAAUAUUCAGCGUUUGUUGUUGUUGAUUUGGGUGCGCGCGAGGGAGGGAAGAACGGACCUUGCAGUCCUACAGAGUGGUGGUGUUGUCGUCAUCCUCAUCGCUGUCGACGGGGUGCGAAGUGCGCGGACAUCGAGUCGGUCGGGCUUGGCAACGUGAAUCCCAUGCACAUUUGUUAUUAUUUUGCUUGUGUGCUUUUGACCCGAGAGAGCGCUAAGGCAAUGACGAGCCGAGUGGUGGCCCAGUAGAGUCCAUUCUUCUCGCAGACGGGGGGCGCACGCAUAUAUAUAUAUAUACAUACACAAUCCAUGCACACUCGCACACCGUGCUGGUCGUGGAUGUGUGCGUAUGAUCGUCGCCGUUUCGACUCCCCUAGAAACACGCAGAAUAAAGCGAAGAGGAGGAAUGUCGAGUGCUAGAAGAGAAAGGAGAGCCCGGUGUCUGGAAUAAGGAAAGCGUCACCAGAAUAUGACGGUUGUCGAUUGUUUUCAUUCGCUGCCUCCCAUGCAACCGGAAGUCGGUAGCUCUAAUUGACCAAACACGAGCGGCGAGUGAGUUAGAGCGACAGAACGAGUGUGCGAGAGAUAGAGAGGACAUAGUUUGUUGUCUCUCUGUCUCGCUCUUGCAAGUGCGGGGCGGAAGUUGCUCUGUCUGUCGGGAGGCUUCAGCAUCCAUACUCAGUUGGCCUUGAGCGUCAGAGGUUACUGCCCCCCUUAGUACACCGAACACGCCGGAUUGUUUACCCGCUGAACCCCCCACAAACAAAUUUUAUUGAACCGAUUGCUCUCUCUCUGUCCGACACACGGCGGACGCGCGCCCUUUUACCAACCCCCUCGCAACAAACAUCCUUGUAUACACUCAUACUAAACACCAAACACAAGAGUUCUAAUUUUUUCCUUCUCUUGCAACAAAAUAACACCCUUGGAAUUUUUAGUAUACUUUGUUGACGAAAGAUAUGCUGCUUGCGGUCUUCAAUUAGUGAGUGAGUGAUAUUAUGUUAGUGUUUCUGUGAGAGACCUGGAGCCCCAGGGGCAGUUGGACGCCCCGUCCAUGGAACCUAUGGCGUGGCACAAGCACGAACACCACAUGCUAUCAAAACCUAAAAGUAAGUGUUGAGCCUAUCCACCAAUACCAUCUUACAUUUGUGCUGAACGUUAAGAUCAAACCAUGAAAGUGCCUGGAGGUAUAGUGGGUCCAGGAGGCGGCAAUGGGUCGGAGCCGUCGGGGCGGCAAAGGCAUGUGCCCCUUUAUGGACGACUUGUUGGAGAGGAGCAGCUCGGCCUCAACACCGGAGCCCCUGCCGACAUUCAAGCGAUGCAAGCCCGUAUUCCGCAUACCUUCCGAGAACCUGCAAGUGCGCCCCUCAGGAAACUCUCCGUUGACCUCAUCAAAACAUACAAACACAUAAACGAGGUUUACUAUGCGAAGAAGAAGAGACGGGCAGCGGCGACUCAGGGGGAGGACAGUUCGCACAAGAAGGAGCGGAAAUUGUACAACGAUGGGUACGACGACGAUAAUCACGAUUAUAUCGUGAAGAACGGUGAAAAGUUCCUGGACAGAUAUGAAAUAGACUCCCUAAUCGGCAAAGGUUCCUUCGGUCAAGUCGUCAAGGCUUUCGACCACGAGGAACAGACACAGGUCGCAAUCAAGAUCAUCAAAAACAAGAAACCCUUCCUCAAUCAGGCCCAGAUCGAAGUAAAACUGCUCGAGAUGAUGAACCGAGCGGACGCCGAGAACAAGUAUUACAUAGGUAAUAAUUAUAUAGUUAAACUGAAACGGCACUUCAUGUGGCGAAAUCAUUUAUGUUUGGUGUUCGAGCUGUUGUCGUACAAUCUUUACGAUCUGCUGCGGAACACGAACUUCCGGGGCGUUUCGCUGAACCUGACGAGGAAAUUCGCACAGCAACUGUGCACAGCUCUCCUGUUCCUUUCGACGCCCGAAUUGAACAUCAUCCACUGCGAUCUCAAGCCCGAGAACAUUCUGCUCUGUAAUCCGAAACGUUCCGCCAUCAAAAUCGUAGACUUCGGGAGCUCGUGUCAGCUCGGCCAUCGAAUAUACCAGUACAUUCAAUCGAGGUUUUAUCGUUCUCCGGAAGUGCUGCUGGGGAUUCAGUACGAUUUAGCGAUAGACAUGUGGUCGUUAGGGUGUAUUUUAGUCGAGAUGCACACGGGAGAGCCCCUCUUCAGCGGCGCCAAUGAAGCGGACCAAUUGAAUAAAAUCAUCGAGGUGCUCGGCAUGCCCCCAAAGAAUCUUCUCGAUCAGGGCGGAAAGAUACGAAAGUUCUUUGACAAAUUACCGGACGGAAGGUACAUCCUGCGGAAAUCGAAGGAGAGUAAAAAGUACAAACUGCCCGGCACGAAGAAAUUGCACGACAUUUUGGGCGUCGAAACAGGAGGACCCGGCGGCAGGCGGAUCGGUGAACCAGGUCACUCGAUGUCCGACUACUUGAAAUUCAAGGACCUCAUCCUCCGCAUGCUGGACUAUGACCCCAAGACGAGGAUAACUCCUUACUACGCACUCCAGCAUAACUUUUUCAGACGCACUGCGGACGAAGGCACCAAUACUGCGAACAGUACCAGCUCGAGUCCUGCAGUCAACCUCGAUAUGUCCUCAUCGAGCAGUCAACAUGGGUUAAAUCUGCUAGGUAGAUCAAGGGAUCUGCAGAACCACAGUUACCAGCCUUCCAGUUACACUGCGAUGGAGUGCGAUCCAUCGCCGUCGUCUCGCCAUCCCCAUAGGCAGUGGGUCCCAGUCCCGUACAUGAGCUUCGGGACGCAGUACUUGCCUUACGCAGCAGCACCCUAUCCUGGUCACUCAGUACCAGACGGCACCCCCCCGAAACAUAAUCCUCCCCAGAACGGACCGUCGAAGGCUGCAGCAGCCCAAAACGACAGUAGGAGCGAAAGUCCGAUGGUCGGCGUUUGUGUUCAACAGAGUCCAGUGGCGAUACACUGAGCCGUAGCAUCUAGGGAAUAGUGUGAUUAGUCUGUAUUUAAUGAUAACUAUGGUAACAUACAUACACACACAUAUAUAGAUAUAAAUAUAUAAAUGCAUAAAUAUAUUUAUAUGUAUAUAUUUAAAAUGAAGAGAAAAGCAAAGGUCGCGAUGUAAACUGUAUCCUUAAUAUUUUAUUUGCGGUUCAUAUAUAUAAAAGAAAAACAAGAUUAAAAAUAAAGAGAAUUGUAAAAUGUAAAUACAAAUUGAGUAAAUAAAGGGAAGAACACACAGUGAGCCAUCCGUUUCAACAUUCGAUGGGCGAAUGUUGAAACGGACAGCAGCAGCCUGCAGAACUGGACGACGCUCGGACCGUGAAGAGAACGACAAGAAUAGGGCGAUGGGAGGAGGAACAGGACUCACACAGAAGUUGAAAAGUUUCGCUAGUGAUUUAAAAAAAAAAGUUGUAAAAGAAAGUGACUUUUAUCGCGAAAGAACUAAUGACAACAAUACAACAACAACAGACUUUGAGCUUUCGCUCUGUUGCGCGCGCGCUGAAGAUAAACGAUUCGAUUUUCAUUGAUUAUUAAUAUCCUCUUUGUUUUUAUUUUCGAUUAGCACUAAGUUUAAAUAUUAAAGUAAUUUAUAAUAGUAUUUAAUUAUUAAACGAUAAGUAAUAUAGCGAAAUAUCUAUGAAUAUAUAAAAAUCCGUUUCCUAUGAUUUUUCA